AUGGACCACCUUAGCGAGCCGGGCAGAGAGCCGUCUCGCCAGUCCGACGCUCUUGACGGUGGCCCGCUGCGACAUUACCCGUCUAACAUAUCGGCGCUCAGUGAUGCCGGCUUCACCCCCUAUGAUCCGACGUUGCACUCGCAACAGAACCUGCGCGGCCGAGAGUCCCUCAUCUCCAUAGACUCUCGCCACGAGGCAGACCCGGGCCGGUCCGGCGGCGGCUCUUCCUAUGACCCGAGCCCGGCUUGGCCUGGCUCCUCGCCCUAUACCGGGGCCGCCGGCGGGACAAGGUUUGCGCCUGUCAGGGGCUCCGUCCUCGAGUCGUUUGCGUCUCGGACGCUCUCGAGGGGCAGGCGCAAGUCGAGUCGCGCGUCGUUGCGGCCGCAGAAUGCUGUCCCUGCCAGCAUCGAGGAGGAAGAGUACGACCUGUCGUUGCUGCGGUCCGCCGCGCCUUUGGGACAGGAGCCGCGGUACAAUGCCAUCCCCGAGGAGGAGCCUGCCGUGCCCAUAUUCGACGUCACCUCGGCACUGGGGCCCAUGGACUCGCACGACGCAGACUUCAUCAAGAAGCUCCAGGAGCAGGAGGCCCAGGGCACCCUCACGGGGGGGCUUGGCCAGGGCUUCGCAGGGGACUCGAGGCUCCGGCUACGCGACUCGGAACUGCUCUCGUCCCCCAUGGUCCCGUCGAGGAGCCUGACCCGCUCCUUCACCCGGCGCAGGUCCGUCAAGGCCGUCGGUCGGGCAGAGACGAUACGCGAGGCGGGACAGGGCGAGGCCAACCGACGGGGCCAAGUCGUCGAGGUGGUUCUCGAGGAGCCCAUGGCUGGGGCCGACCUCAGCAAUAUGGAGGGCUCCAGCAUGCUCUAUGGCCCCGAGACGCGACGUUCGUCGUUGGCGGCCAAGGGCCAGGUGACGCAGGUGUUUUACCCGCAGCCCGACUGGAAGCCCUUUUCGAUGCGGUGGCCCUACCUUAGCAUGCUGAUCCUCCUCUCCGUCGCGCUGGCCGCCAUGCAGGAGCUGCUGUACCGCACGUUCCGCAACAAGGCCAUCGCCAGCUUCCACUCUCCCCACGAUGUGGAACCGUCCGUGUACUUUGCCGUCAAGUUCGCGCCCUCGAUAUGCGCCGUCUUGUAUGGCGUGCUGUGGCAGUUUACCGACUUCGAGGUACGCCGGCUCGAGGCCUUUUACCAGCUGUCGAGGGAGGGCGGCGCGCUGGCGGCCGAGUCCAUCAAUGUCGACUACGUCACCAGCUACAACAUGCUGCGGCCCUUGCGCGCGCUCGGGCGGCGGCACUACGCCGUGGCCUUGUCGUCGGUGGCGACCAUCUUGGCCGUCUCGGUGGUGCCGACGUGCGCGGCUGCGUGCAUUGUCAUGAGCCCGGGCCGGAGCGAGCGCAUGAGCAACCCCGACGCGGAGAAGUUUCUGCACCUUUCGGCCAUCUGGUCCCGGCUACUGACGGCGACGCUGGUCAUCUGCGCCGUCCUCGGCGCUGCCCUCUUCUACAUGCUCCAGUCGCGGCGCUCGGGCUUGCUGGCCGACGUGCGAGGCAUCGCCGGCCUGGCCUCGAUGGCCGUGGUGAGCCACAUCCUCAUGGACUUUAAAGACAUGGACACGGCCAAGCACAGCGACAUUCACCUCAGGCUCAAACAUAACCGCUACAUGCUGCGCAACUCGUCCCUGGCGCCCGACGACGAGAAUCCUGCGUCUUCACAGGAGCGAGACCGGUACCAGGAGACGCACCUGUCCGAGAACCCGCACCCGCUGAUGCUGCGCCCGGCGGGGUGGGUACCGUUCGUCGUCGGGUCGCUGGCGCUGACGGCCUUUAUCCCGACGUUUCUGUUCACGGGGGCGGCCGUCGUGGCGGACCGGGCGCCGUGGCUGUUGACGGCGUCGGCCGUGUGCCUCAAGCUAUCGUGGAACGCCAUGGAGACAGCGGUGCGUGUCAUGGAGCCCUUUUACAUCCUGUCGAGGAGGCACGCGCCGGCGAGGACGCUGAUGCUCGACUACACGGCGUUGCCCUUUGGAUACCUGCCGCUGCGGGCGCUGUUCAACGGACACGCGCUCGUCGUCAUGGUCGGGCUCGGCAGCGUCAUGGCCGAGCUGUUGACGAUCCUGGUGACGGGCCUGGCCACGGUGGACGGGCAGGAAUUUCUGGGCCGCGGCAACGGACGGACGGCGCGGCCCAUCAACUCGGGCCAGGAGACGGCCAAGUCGUUCUACCUGUCGUUUGGGCUGUCCAUGUUCAUUUUGGUGUACAUGACGGGGGCCGGGUGCGUCGUGUUUGCGCGGCGGCGGCACCCGUUCCUGCCGCGGCAGCCCAACACGAUUGCGUCGGUGCUGGCGUACAUCCACCAGAGCAAGAUGCUGUACGACUUUGUGGGGACGGCCAAGCUGAGCAAGGCGGAGACGGCGCGGCGACUGAACGGCGGCGGGCGGCGGUACGGGCUCGGCUGGUUCGAGGGCCGCGACGGGCAGACGCACUGCGGCGUGGACCAGGAGGAGCUGACGAGUAACUACAAGCACGGCGUCGACUAUUCGCAGCGCAACCAGCCGUGGAAUGUGCGCUGGGAUGUGUUUUGA